UCUCCACUCCCCCCCUCCGCUCCCCGUCCCGCAUGGAGUCGCCCAAGAUGGCGGGAGGGCAGCGGAGGUAGGAAGUGUUUGGGGCGCAGCGUGGCCGAGCGGCGGGUCCGAGCGCUGCCGGGGCGCUCCUGCCCAGACCAUGAGCAACAUUUACAUCCAGGAGCCCCCCACGAACGGCAAGGUUUUGCUGAGAACAACAGCAGGAGAUAUUGAUAUCGAAUUAUGGUCAAAAGAAGCACCGAAAGCAUGUAGAAAUUUCGUACAGCUUUGUAUGGAAGAGUAUUACAAUAACACGAUAUUUCACAGAGUAGUGCCUGGCUUUAUAGUGCAGGGAGGUGAUCCCACUGGUACUGGAUCAGGUGGAGAUUCAAUCUAUGGAGCUCCCUUCAAGGAUGAGUUCCACUCACGAUUGCGAUUUAAUCGAAGAGGACUUGUUGCUAUGGCAAAUGCUGGGCCCCAUGAUAAUGGGAGUCAAUUUUUCUUUACGUUGGGUCGUGCAGAUGAACUUAAUAACAAGCACACAAUCUUUGGAAAGGUUACAGGAGAUACAAUAUAUAACAUGUUGCGGCUGGCUGAAGUAGAAGUUGACAAGGAAGAGAGACCUCUCACUCCGCACAAAAUAAGAAGUAGUGAGGUUUUGUUUAAUCCUUUUGAUGACAUUGUUCCAAGACCAAGUAGAAAGCUGAAGAAGGACAAACCAGAAGAAGAAACUAAAAAGUCCAAAGUAAAAGGCACAAAAAAUUUUAACCUGCUUUCCUUUGGAGAAGAAGCUGAAGAAGAAGAGGAAGAAGUCAAUAGAGUUAGUCAGAGCAUGAAAGGAAAAAGUAAAAGUAGUCAUGAUCUACUGAAGGAUGAUCCGCAUCUGAGCUCAGUUCCUGCUGUCAGAAGUGAAGCAGUGAGUGAAGAAAGGGAUUUGAGUGAGGUGGAAGAAGAACAUGAUGAAGAUGCUGAUAGUGUAGAAGAUGAAGCUGCUAGCGAUGAGAGAUUUCAAAUGAAAGAGCGCAUUGCCAAGAAGUUGAAAAUUGAUACAAGUGAAAAUGCUAAACAGCAACUUCAAGAGGAAGAAACUAAGACAGAAAAGAAAAUAACUAGUCGCAGUGAGGAGCUACGGAAGGAAGCACGGCAGCUGAAACGUGAACUGCUGGAAGCAAAGCAGAAGAGAGAAGAAAGAGCUUUAAAACCCAAAGAAAAGGAAGAGGAGGAGCCAGCUCCAAACAGUGUUGUUGAAGAAUAUCUUCAGGAGAAGAGAAAAUACGAAGACAAGCGGAAGCAGCAGCCAAAGAAAGGGGUUUCUCGAGAAGAUCAGACACUGGCACUGUUGGACCGAUUUAAAUCAAAGUUAACCCAGGCCAUUGAAGAAACUCCUGAAAAUGAGGUUUCUGAACCUGAAGCAGAUAAUGACGAUGGAUGGAUGUCUCAUGUUCUUCAGUUUGAAGAUAGAAGCAGAAAGGUGAAAGAUGCAAGCAUGCAGGAUGAAGACACUUUUGAGAUCUAUGAUCCACGGAAUCCUGUAACUAAGAGGAGAAGAGAAGAAAGCAAGAAGAUAAUGAGAGAAAAAAAAGAAAGGAGAUAAAAAGAAUGUAAAGCUAGCCAGAGCUGCCUUGAAAUGUGACUGCAAUAAAGCACUGGCUCUUUUGUAAGCUCUAGUUCCUAAAAAUAUCACUGUACAAGUGUGAAAAGGAAUUUCUCAAGAACCUGUUGUGCAGCUUUGAAGCAGAGCUGUCAUUUGUUUCUUAAGUUGUGCAGUCAAGUUCUCUCCCCGAAUUCAUUAUCCAGCCUCUUAAGUUUUAUAGAGUGAAUGUAUUUAAUAAAGCAGCAGACUUGAAUUUUGUCUGUACUUUAGUUAUGAUAGUCAUGAUCAUUUUUUAAUCAACAUAUGGUAAUCAGAAAGUUUUCAACAUAUUGAAUGAGAAUUUCUUUAAGUUAAGGUGAAAUUAGAAGAUAUAAACCCCAUCUGCAGGCUUUUAAGAUUUUCAUAAAGUGUAAUUUUCCUGUUUUAGUUUUUGACAAGCUGUAUAAACAUUACAGCAGUAAACUGCCUGACUGAACCACUCUGUUGCAGAGUUAAGAUGAUGCACUGGCAGAACCCCUUAUAAUGGUCUCAGCUUUUUUGAAACAAAAUAAGUUUAAUUUGAUAAUUUGGUUAUUUUCACCUUCUUUUGAAAUACAUAUUCCAAUGAAGAUCCCAGCUUGGGGAAAUAGGGGAGUGUUAUUUCAGACUAUGAAUGUACUGUAGUGUUUGUUUAAAUAAUUCCAAUACCAGAAACUUCUCUCUGGUAGAAUUUUCCCUGUAAAGUACCUGGUAAUGAAGAUUGGUUUGUUAAUUAUUCCAGCAUGGGAACUAAAAAAAAGUGAUCAGUCCCAUUAAAAAAAUAACCCUGUUAUUUUACCAUAUAAAAAUGAACAGCACAAGUUUCGAGUUCAUAGAUUUUUCACAGUUUUUCUCCCUCCGGAUGCUAACAUUUUUACAGAAAAAUUUGCUUCUUCCUUACAGCAGUUCUGAUUCCACAGAAACACAAUCUACCUAUAUGGGCAAUAGCUAAAAAGGAGUGAGCACAAGUGAGCAAGGUCAUUAAAAAGAACAACCAGAGGAGCAUUUUUCUGAUGUUGUUUUUAGAACAAGUUCAGUAAGGUAUGGUGUCCUUAUCAAGCUGCCACUGCCAAAUUUCUUGAUAGGGUCUGAGGUGUGAGAUACAUAAACCUGUGUUGGUGGGUUAAUAUGGCCCAAAUGUCAGAGGUUAGAUUAAUACAGACUACCGCUUUAAUGCGCGGUGCAACCUUUGAGAUAAGAAGGCUUGGAGGUGUGAUGUGAAAUCCUGUAUAAAACUGUCAUUAUCCUCCUCUUAGGCUGAGUGAAUUAUACUGUACCAUGGUGUAAAGCAGUUACGAGGGAUUACGUUCUUAAACAUGGCCAUUCACAAACUAGGGAUUCAAAGAUUUUUAAUCAUGAGAUCAUGUUCUGUCAGGCUACUAUUGCCAAAAUCAAGAAUAUCUAAUGUCACAUGCUGAUAUCUAGUCACUGGGGGUGGUGUGGAGAAAAUUCUGAAACAGUCAUUACAGGGAAUGAGUGUAUCAAACCCCAAUCCUGGUGGGGAUGGGAAGGAGAAGAGAGAGUGAAUGUGAGUAUGUGUGUGUUGGCAGAGGUCAGCAUGGAGAAAGUGAGGGCUAAGGCUAGCAAGAUACUUGAACAGCAAUUCCAGGAGACAGCUACUGCCUCUGUCAUAGAAAAAUGUACUAAUUAAAUAUUUUUCCCGUAAGGUAAAGUAGAUUGCAUGAGUCAAUGAAUGGGCAAGUUGAUGAACACCCUGCUUAUUUGAAUCAUUUUGACUACCUGUUGCAGCUUUGUGUGCCCUGUAUUACCUAAUUCGUGGUUUUAAGCACUAGAAAAGCAUAGGGAGAAAAGCUUAAGUUGGAGUUUAGGGCUCUGCACAGUAGGUAGAAGUCUGGAAGGUUGUGCCUCGCAUACAAGGGACUGAUAAUGUCACAAGAACAACAAAGUAAUGAUGCUGACAUUUUCUUGAUGAGUGAAGAGUGUAUUGAAAAUCAGUAAAUAUUUUUCCAGACAUCAUAUACGUAAUUAAUGCUACACUUGAAACCAAAUGCGUUGCCUGUUUAAGCUAACUCUAAAGUAUUACACUCUGUGCUUUGUGCUAGGAGAGCACAAGGGCUGGCCCCAUUGCAGGAGUGGUUACUCCAAGCAGGCAUCUUUCCUAGGUCUAAUGAAUGUCACAUCACAUGUAACGGACAUUUACUGCAUUAAGCCCAGGUUCCCAGUAGUAAGCUGGCAUGUGUUUUUUUUGGAUACAACAGAGGAAAGCCUUUUGGUAAGGAAGUGAGGUUUGGUUUCAGGGUUUGUUUUUUUAAAUGAG